AUGUUUGAAUACGACCGUUUGGCGCUAAAUGUUGCUGAGCAUGUUGCGCGAAUUCGUUUCAGAACGGGUGCGAGCUCACCAAGGCAAACUUUUGAUCCAUUCAGAGCACAUACUGUUCGAAGCUUUUCGCCCUCUGGCUUGGAUGUUUUCGAUUGUGGAGCGAGUUCCGGUUAUGGAAGUCCUGGGAUAGUCGGAACACCGCUGUCAAGUCCUGCGCCACAUAUCUUUUCGUUACCUAGCCAUGUUCAGCAUGCCCUCUGUGACCCAAGCUUGGAUGACGAGACGGAAAAUAUUGCAUCGCUUGGCCCAACUGUCGUCGAUCACGGACGCAGCAAAAAGGUAUUCUAA